AUGUCAUGGGAGUCCAUCGCGUCCAGGGAAUACAGUGGCUCGGCGAGUCAUCAGCUGUCAGCUACCGCCCUGCUGGGAAGCCCGGACGGGUCCCGACAUCCCCUCGACGUGUACGAAUUCGCCGAGGAGGAUUACCGGCAUCAAAACGGAAGUGGCAGUGGCCAUAACCAAUACGGCAGAUCGGGAUCUGGCCUGUGGGAGUGCCUCGUCGGGUGCAGACUCCGACUGGACCAGCAACUGGCUAGGAGAAGGGUGGAGCAGGGUCUGAAGUUGUAUCGCGCUCACAAGCAGCAGGCCGCCGUGCGAAAAUGGAGGGGUGCCCUGAAGAGCAUCAGACAACGAGAUGACAAGUUCACUCUGCUGGGGUACCUCUACCAGGCGUACAUGGACUGGGGAAAGUACAGCGACAGCAUAGACUUCGGACAUCGGCAGCUCAGCAUCUCCGAGGAGCUGGACUCCCCCAACAUGAGAGCCGAGGCGUAUCUGAACCUGGCCAGGGCUCACGAAAGACUCGGAGCUUUGGACAGGGCUCUUGCCUACGCCAGGCACAGCCUCUACAACGAGUGCGACCAGUGCGCCACCGCGGGAUUGGUUCACUUAACGGUGGGCAGAGUCCACUUGGAGCUCGCCGGAUUUUGCAAAGCUUUGGAAGCGUUUCAAAGGGCGCACAAAAUCGCCCACUCCAUUCAAGACCUCUCACUGGAAUUACAGGUGUACGUGGGUCUGUCCGAGCUGUUCUGCAGGCUCCAGGACGCGGAUAAGAGUGCCAGGUACGCAGCCAGGGCGUACGAUUUAUCUCGAAGUCUCCAGCUGGGCGACCUGAACUCUCGGCACCAUCGGGCGGCUCUUCUGCAAAUGGCGUCCGCCCUUAGGAAAAAAGGGGAGCUGGGCGACGCCCGAGACUACUGCUUGGAGGCGACCCGCCUGUCGCUGCUUUCCGGGGACCAGGCGAGCUACGCCAGGAGCAUCCGCAUCAUGGGCGACAUCUACCGAAAGAAGUCCGACAUAAACAAGGCGUUCCGGCAGUACGAAAGCGCGAUGGGAUCGGCAGCUGCGACCGGAGACCGUCUCUGCCAGAUGGAGGCGAUGGACGGCGCGGCGAGGUGCCUGGAGGCCCUGAGGCUGCAGCACAAGAUCUGCAACUGCAGGCCUCUGGAGUUCAACACGAGAUUGCUGGAGGUGGCCGGGUCGGUGGGCGCGAAGCUUCUAGUGAGGACGGUAAGGUCCAGGCUGUCGAGAAUUUACGGAUCCUUGGGCGACGAGGAGCAGCGAGGACAUCACGAGAGGCUGGCUGCCGCCAUGGAGGAAGAUUUGGAGUUACGAUGCGGAGGAUGCGGAGAGUCCUUCGGCCUGGAGACGGACUCCCUGGAGGCGCUGCCCUGUUCCCACAUAUUGCACGCCAGGUGCGCCUAUGACAUCCUGAAGAGGCGCGACAAGAAGAAGAAGCGCCUCUGCCCGGACUGCCACAAGUCGGUCAGCUCGAGACUCUAUCUCCACUGCGAGGAUCCUCACGGGAUGAACACGCUGAACCACAGUUCCUUGAGCCUGGCAUCCUUGAGGGCCAGCAGCCUGGCCACCCUGGAAGAUUGCCACGCUACCAGUAGCGUGUAACGCCGUAGAGGUCGACCUGGUCGGACGAAGAGGAGAUGAGAUUUUCCCCGGACCUGAGUUAGGCAGAUUGGCGAGGGGUUCGCUCGACUUACGGAGAAACGUUCCUGGGCCGAAUGACCCCGAUCGAAUUCCAGGAUCGUCUCGUUUUCACCGAGAAGGAUCGAUUUCUGGACCUG